UCUUUCUCCAUACUUGCAGAAGAAAGCAUAUAUAAGUAUACUGAAAUUUCUCUCUAUCAUUCAGCAAAUUGUGUUCAUCCAGUGCACUUCCUCAGGUUUCAAUAAGGCAUCAUGAAAGUACAGAUUAUCAUAUGUCUCUGCCUUGGUGCCAUAGCUUCAAGUUAUCCCAUAGCCCUUUACCCACACCAGGGACAUUCAGGACAUGAAGAAGUUCAAUAUUUACAGUAUGUUCCGGAUCUUCAGGGUGGUCAAGAGGAAAUCCAUGAGAAUCAGGUUGCCUCUCACAACUAUGGGUCAGCUCAUGAGGAGCCUGAGGAGGAACAUAAGAAAGUUAUCGAUUACUACGCACCGCCAAAAUACUCCUUCAAAUACGGAGUACAAGACUAUCACACUGGAGACAUAAAGUCACAACAUGAAACCAGAGACGGUGACGUUGUCAAAGGACAGUAUUCGCUCGUUGAACCCGAUGGUUCUAUCAGAACUGUGUCCUACACAGCCGAUAAACACAGCGGAUUCAAUGCAGUCGUGAAGAAGAGUGGUCCAUCGAAGCAUCAUGAACCAGAAGUUCACUAUAAACAAGAAGCCCAAUACGAACCAGAGGUCCAUUAUCAACCAGAAGCUCAUUAUCAACCAGAAGCUCAUUAUCAGUCAGAAGCUCAAUACGAACCAGAAGCUCAUUACCAACCAGAAGCUCACCCUCAACCAGAAGUACAUUAUCAAUCUGAAGCUCAAUAUCAACAAGAAGCUCACCCUCAACCAGAAGUUCAUUAUCAAUCUGGAGCCCAUUAUCAACCUGAAGCCCAUUAUCAAUCAGAGGGAGAAGGAGAGGCGGCUGCUGAUGGACACCAUUAAAAACUUAUAAGUAAUCGAUAAAUAAUCAAACACAUAAGCAUCUUAUGCUGCCAAACUGAAUACUCGUAGGAUAUUUUAUAACUGAAUCUAGUCAAAAUUAAGUUUUAGUUGAACGGAUUGAGGUUAUCGUUUUUUCAGGUAUAAGAAUAAAAAAAUGUAUAAUAAAUUCGGUUUAAGGAUGGAAUUCCAGAAAGAUCAAGAUUAUCGAUGACCCAGUUCUAUCUUGUUCAAAAAUUUAAAUGUUUGGAUUCUAUAAAUUGCCACGAUUAAAACAUGCAGCGUAAAGAUACAUACCCCAUCCUCAUGAGCUUUACUUACAAUCUCAGUAUUAUUUGAAGAAUUAUUUGUGAACACUCAAAGUUACAUUUUCAAAUUAGGUAGUUUGUAAUCCAUUCAUCCUAUAUUUAAUAUAUUCGAGUUGACCUUGUUGAUGAAUUUUAUAAUUGUUAAUUAGUUUUAUGUCAUGUAAUUGUAUAGUCUAGGUAAUAUUUAGGGUAUUAAGAAAAAUAUUCAAUAAAAAUUUGAAUAAG